UGCGCCCACGUGUGUCAGAACAGUGCCAAGAAAUCAGCUUCGGUCACAUGACUCGAAUGCAUCACCUGACGUUUCCACCCAGGACUACCAGUAGAAGCUAAGCUAGCUGUAUUUACGUUUCGAUUUGGACAAAUGUAUUAAGUGAUCAUAGUUUAGUGCUACAGCCUACGUGUGUUCUUUCAAUGACUGUAUAUUUAUUAUUGAAGCACGGUAAGAAAAGCUCCAAUCUGUCCAUUCAAGGAUCGGCUAAUGGGCGAUAGUCUUGCCAUGACAUCCUAGGUUUCUCAUGCUGGUGUCCGGAUUCUUAUGGUUUUCAGGCAAUUUCUCUUAAUGUAUUCGUUAUAAAAAGGGCCAUAGUUGCACCAUGGCUUCAAUACUUGAUGAAUAUGAGGACUCACAAAAUACAAGGCAAUCUGCACAACAGCGUAGCCGCCUUGCAGCUGCCAACAUCGGAAUCACUCAUUCAGGCUUCGUAAACGUGAGACUUGAGGAGGAAAAGCCGAUUUUCACCAAGCAAAGAAUCGACUUUUCCCACCUUGAAAAGAUCAAUCACUUUGCAGUAUGCAACAAUCAACUAUGCAUGAGCUUGGGAAAAGACACUCUUUUGAGGAUUGACCUUGCCAAGCCAGAUCAACCUAACCAGAUGGAAAUGGGACGGAAAGAUGAUUGUAAAGUACAUAAACUGUUCCUGGAUCCCUCAGGCUCCCAUCUGCUGAUCAGCCUGAGCAGUAGCGAGUGCCUCUAUCUGAACAGGAACACCCAGAAGGUGCGCAGUCUGUCCCGCUGGCGAGGCCACCUCAUCGAGAGCGUGGGCUGGAACAAACUGCUGGGCACGGAGACCAACACAGGGCCAAUCCUGGUUGGCACCAGCCAGGGCGCCAUCUUCGAGGCAGAGAUAUCCGCCACAGAGGGCAGCCUCUUCAACACCAAUCCAGACCAAUACUUCAGACAGGUCCACUCCCUGGAGGAGGACGGUAGGCCCGCACCGGUCUGCUGCCUGGAGGUGGAGCGGGGCCUGGAGAACAAGGUCUUCAUCAUCGCCACCACCCGCAAGCGGCUCUUCCAGUUUGUGGGCAAGGUGGCGGAGGGCUCAGAGCAGCAGGGCUACAGCUCCAUCUUCAGCCAGAACCAGGACCUCCUGCCCAGCUUCCAGGAGUUCCCCGUCAACAUGGGAUACAGCGAGAUAACCUUCUACACGUCCAAGCUGCGCUCGUCCCCGAAAGCCUUCGCCUGGAUGAUGGGGAACGGAGUCCUCUACGGUCAGCUGGACUACGUCAGGCCCGAUUCCCUGCUCAGCGAUGUGCAGGUGUGGGAAUACACGUCCGACAUCGACUUUGAUCUGAACAAGCCAAUCUCCAUCGUGCUGACCCAGUUCCACUUCCUGCUGCUGCUCCCCGACCGGGUCAAGGCCGUCUGCACGCUGAACGGCCAGGUGGUCCACGAGGACGUCUUCCCCGACAAGUUCGGCCCCCUGAAGAAGAUGAUCAAGGACCCGGCGGGCGGCCUGGUCUGGAUCUACACCGAGCGCGCCGUCUUCCGCUACCACAUCCAGCGCGAGGCGCGCGACGUGUGGCAGAUGUACAUGAGCACGGGCAAGUUCGACCUGGCCAAGGAGUACUGCCGCGACCGGCCCGAGUGCAUGGACAUGGUACUGGCCCGGGAGGCCGAGCACUGCUUCCAGAACAAGCGCUACCUGGAGAGCGCCAAGUGCUACGCCCUGACCCAGAACUACUUUGAGGAGAUUGCGCUCAAGUUCAUCGAGGCCAAGCAGGAGGACGCGCUGAAGGAGUUCCUGUUGAAGAAGCUCAACAACCUGAAGCCCGGCGAGAGGACGCAGAUCACGCUGCUGGUCACCUGGCUGACGGAGCUCUACCUGAACCGGCUGGGCCAGCUGGAGAGCGACGACUGCCCGGCCCCCGUGUUCCUGGAGACCCGCGGGGAGUUCCGCGUCUUCCUGGGCAGCGCCAAGCACAAGGAGUGCCUCUUCAACAACCGCACCACCAUCUACGACCUGCUGGCCAGCCACGGCAACGUGGACGACAUGGUGUACUUCUCAGUGGUGAUGCAGGACUACGAGCGGGUGAUCUCGCACCACUGCCAGCACGACGACUACGGCGCGGCGCUGGACGUGCUCUCGAAGCACUGCGACGAGAAGCUCUUCUACAAGUUCUCGCCCGUGCUCAUGCAGCACAUCCCCAAGAAGGUGGUGGACGCCUGGAUCCAGAUGGGCAAGCGGCUGGACCCCAAGAAGCUGAUCCCGGCGCUGAUGAACUACAGCCAGAUGGGCAGCACGCAGCAGAUCAAGGAGACCAUCCGCUACAUGGAGUUCUGCGUGUACCAGCUGACGGUGACGGAGGAGGCCAUUCAUAACUACCUGCUCUCGCUGUACGCCAAGUACAAGCCAGAGUCCCUGCUGUGGUACCUGGAGCAGGCAGGCACCCACGCCUCGGACAUCCACUAUGACCUGAAGUACGCCCUCAGGCUGUGCGCGGAGCACGGCUACCUGGAGGCCUGUGUGCUGGUGUAUAAGAUCAUGGAGCUCUAUGAGGAGGCUGUGGACCUGGCACUGCAAGUGGACGUGGACCUGGCCAAGUCUUGCGCCGACCUACCCGAGGAUGACGAGGAGCUGAGGAAGAAGCUGUGGCUGAAGAUCGCCCGCCACGUGGUGCAGGAGGAGAAGGACGUGAAGAAGGCCAUGAACUGUCUGUCCAGCUGCAACCUGCUGAAGAUCGAGGACAUCCUGCCCUUCUUCCCCGACUUCGUCACCAUCGAUCACUUCAAGGAGGCCAUCUGCGGCUCGCUGGCGGAGUACAACCACCACAUAGAGGAGCUGAAGCAGGAGAUGGAGGAGGCCACGGAGAGCGCCAAGCGCAUCCGAGAGGACAUCCAGGAGAUGAGGAACAAGUACGGCGUGGUGGAGUCCCAGGAGAAGUGCGCCGCCUGCGACUUCCCCCUGCUGAACCGACCCUUCUACCUGUUCCUGUGUGGACACAUGUUCCACUACGACUGCCUCAUCCAGGAGGUGACCCCCCACCUGUCGACCUUCAAGCAGAACCGCCUGGAGGACCUCCAGAAGAAGCUGGCUGCCACCGCCCAGGCCUCCAAGUCCCGCCACCGCCCACCCCCCAAAGAGGAGAGCGACACGGCCAGCCUGGGCAAGGCCAGCACUGGCACCAGCCGUGAGACCAUCAAGUCGGACAUCGACGACGUCAUCGCGUCUGAGUGCGUGUACUGUGGCGAACUGAUGAUCAAGUCCAUCGACAAGCCCUUCAUCGAUCCCCAGAAGUUUGAGGAGGAGAAAGCGAGCUGGCUAUGAUUCCAAAACUAAUGUGAGGGGAUUUUCCCCAAGAUUAAUUUACGUGCUGAUUUGAAGUAUGAAUUAGCCAUUCACACGGAAUAUUCGAGAGACGCUUAAAGCUUACGAUGGCUUCAUUUGAGAUCUACAGAAAAUGCUCAUGAUGCUAGCAGUGCUCAAGGCUUAUCCAUCAAGCUCUCCUGUCUUCUGGGAGAUUGACGUUGCAAAGCAGAAUUUACGUCUGAGGAAAUGUGCUUGUGUGACGCCCUGCUUGAGCUCUCCUCGUUUGUGCCUGAUCCAUACUCCUGCCAAGGGCAGUCGAAUUUGUGGUCAUAUUCUGCCAGAAGUUGGCUGCACGCGUAUUUAGCUCAUGCACUUGUAUUCUGGUAAAAGCUUAAAUUGCACUUAGUAUGUUUACCGUCUCCUAUAAAUCUGAGUCGUGCUCCGGUCUCUUCAAAGCCUAAUAAACCAUAAUAACAAAGUCAUAAUAAAUAAUCCUUCAUUCUUCAGCAUUUCAGUGCAAAUGUAAAAUUGUCAUUUUCAUGUUUUGUCUGACGGUGUAAUCAAUAUUUAAUAAAUGAAUUUGUUAAGUAUA